ACCACGACGAAAAUAUUUUAUUGCACAUGCUCUAAAUUCCGCACUUAAUCUCCAUUUUCACAGUAAAAAGCAAUCCUGAAGGGUCCUUGAUGUAUUGAUACGAUCACUGAGUUUCCACUCCAUAUCUUGCAAUUAUGCUUUCCCUCAUUUUCCACCUGAAUUCCCUCCGAUUCAUGCUGCCAGCAGUUGGCAUGCUGGGGGUUUCUCCAGCCUUCCUGACUCUCUGGGUGCCCUUCAAAGUGUUGUCAACCAUCCUACCCAAGAGAUUUUUUGUUCGUGUCGAUGACAGCUUUUAUUCCUUCUACCAGCGACUGGUUCUGUUCUAUUACGAGCAUUAUACUGGUAUUCAGCUUGUACUGUAUGGUGAUGCGGAGGAGAUUAUGAAAAAGAAGGAAAAUAUUGUCUACAUGUCAAAUCAUCAAUGUACAGUUGAUUGGAUUGUUGCUGAUAUGGUAUCAGUGCGCCAGGGCAGUUUGGGACAUCUCCGAUAUAUCCUCAAAGAUGGUCUACGGUAUUUCCCGUUGUAUGGAUAUUAUUUUGAACAGCAUGGAUCAGUGUAUAUCAAGAGGGCAGGUAAAUUCCAAGAGGCGAGGACUGUCAAAAAUUUGGAAAGAUUAAAAGAUAUGCCAUUCUGGUUGGUAGUCUUCCCAGAGGGGACCAGGUACAACCCAGAAAAUCCAAACGUCAUCGCAAAAAGCCAAGAAUUUGCUCAGAGUAGAGACCUUGCUGUUUUGGAGCACGUGUUGACGCCUCGGUUUAAAGCGACGUGCCUCUGUAUUCAGACACUCCGGGAGGAGAUCGAUGCUGUUUAUGAUGUAACGGUGGCCUAUUCAAACACAAAUAGUGCUGACGGCAAGCGACGCACUGCCCCCUCUAUGCCAGACUUCCUUCAAAAGGUGUCGCCACAAGUACAUGUUCAUGUGGCUCGUAUUGACAUCAAAGACAUCCCCGAGGAUGAGGAGAAGUUAAAGUCAUGGAUGAUGGAGAGAUACGUCUUUAAGGAACAGCUGCUGAAGCGAUUUUAUUCGGACGACCCUGCAGUGUCUGGGACGCUGGACGACAAAGGAGUCGUCUCUCCCUUACCUCUGAAGAAUACACUUCCAGCUCUCCUGUUUUGGACUUCCUACACAUCUCUACUACUAGCGACAUCUAGUGGCAGAAGUUUGUACUGGAGAAUCAGCGUCUUUGGUACGCUUUCGUUGCUCGGGCUGAUGGCAAUUCGUUCGUGAGAUGACCUGAGGAUGGAGAGUAGGCCAAGCAUUGUCCACAACAGGAUACCGUUGUUGUUCGCCAAGGUUCGGCAAGGUUUGGUAACUCAGUUAUCUCAGGGUGCCCCAGCAAAGCGCUCUCCUGAUCUCUCUAUAAUUCAUGCUCAAAAAUAUUCUCUUGAAUGACUUUUAUCGAAAGUGUAGGUGCUUGUUGUAAAUUUGCAUUUCUCGGCUGUGUAGGUUUUUUUCUGCAUGGGCAGGGAGGUAGAGUUUUUUAGGUAUAGAAAUUGCCAAGUAUUAGUAAAACAGAACUGUGAAUCUAGUUAUGUGCUAAAAUCAAACAAAUUUGUCACUCUAGAUUGGUUCUCACCAAACACUCUAGGUCAUUUGGUGUAAACCCCAGGCAAAUUUCCUCGAAGUUUGGCCUAUAUUUUAGCUCUAACGGCUAACUCUUAGCUCUUAACUCUUGUAGUGUUUUGAGAUACAGCUAUACCUCCAGUUGAUUAUCACUUCCUUAAUUCCAACUAUGCAAUGAUAUCCAGGUGCUAUGCAUAAUAAAGUAAUUCUAACAUACCUGGAUUUAGAACGAACCGCACUUUACAGUGUAAAUGCACUCUGCGCAAACGAAGCCUUGUUUUUAAUUCAGCGGUUAUGGUUAGGCAACCAUAACCGCUUGGGUUGGUACAAAAUGUGGAAGCCGUCAAAAAGAUUUGAAACCACAUUUUCCGUUGUUUCAUUUGAGAUGUUUUAGAAUAGAAAUUGAUACCUCGCUGUCUGUAUUUAUUCUCUCACGAAAACCACUCGGGUGGAGCUAAACUGUUAGCAUUUUAGCGGUUUUGGUGAAACAAUCAGUACCUCCAGUUCGGUAUCAAUUCCUUAAGCAAAUAUUUAGACAUUCCAUGUAUAUGUAUGACUUAUUCAGGACACAACAACCAAGCACAGGAGGUCACAGGCGACCAUAGAAAUCACUUGAUAAUCCCUGUUGCUAGAGUGAUCAAAUAUUUAUUGUAGGUGUAUCUUAUAAUGGUAUACCACAUCCAGGUUUGUGAUUUGUGAUUUGAUGAUUACAAUUGUGGAGAAAUUGGAAAGCCUGCUAUCGCCAAGUGAAAUUUAGUAAAUUUGCCAAAAUAUAGCAUCGCAAAGAUUUCACUGUUUACAGUAUUAUAAAAGGGGAGGGUUUGCACUGUGCACUCAGUGCACUGCACAGCAGUUAGAAAGGUUGCCCUGCACCCUGCCCUUAUCUAUCUGGGCCACCCCUCUUUAAAAGAAAUUUGUACAGAGGUUACAAAAAAACGAGUUGAUCCACCCUUCUUCUUCUGUGGAGGAAUGUCCUUUAUUGACUUUUGGUUGGUGUGCUUGGCCCUGUUACCAAAGGUUAAGUAACCCUAAGAGCAGAUAGUCAAAGGAGGGAGGACCAAGAAGCAUAUCAACUUAUUUAAUGGACUUGUUGGUGAAUGAAUAUUAGAUUCUUACGUUUUAUGUUAUUGUUUAUUGAAUGCAUGUUUAGUUGUUUUGUGGGCUGGCUUUGUAUGCUUGGGUGUGGUUUUACAGUUGUUACACACUAUUGAACCUUUUUUAAUGUUACAGGGCGUGUUCACACUCCAGGCUAUUUGAUUAGGGAAAUUACACACUUAUUUUAAAGUCGGUUUGGUCUUCAAAAUGAAUAUGCGUUCAAUGUAUGUUGAAGAAAAUUUUUAAUUUAUAGUCGUACUUCCACCUAUCAAAUCCCCGUGUCUUUUGGGCUUACACCUAUGAAUUGCCGUGACUAAAUAGACCUGUGUGUCAAAUCCCCGUGUCUAUUAGCCCCAUCGAGUUCGAUGGGGCUAAUCGGAGGCUAAUUUAGACCUGUGUUCAACACGAGUUUUUUGAUAGGUGGAAUCUGAAUAGACACGGCAAUUGCAAGUUCUAAGAUCCGGCGACAGAUGGCGCGGUGUUGUUGCCUCGGUAUUGCGCCCCCUCCAACGGGAAAGAAACACAGGAGAGCUCCCUACCUACAGCGCACCUGUCACUAUUAACCAUUAUCUAACACAACUGAUAGGUGUAAGUGCGCCGCGGGUUUUUUGACACACGGCGAAGACACGGGUCUUGAAAAAACACGGGGUUUUAUGAUAGGUGGAACUACGACUAUUGUUUACGCCGUCAGGGAUGUCAAAUUUCUGAUUAAGGUUGAAUUUAGACUUUUUGGCUCACCGUAGGGGAGUCUAUGUAAUACCGCAGUGUCCGUCGUCCGUCGUCCGUCGUCGUAUCCUAUUUCAAAAACAGUGGCACGUUUCUUAACCGCAAGGGCUAUGAACUUGAAACUUUGUACACAGCACCCCCUAGGUCAGGUGACCUCUGACACUGAAUUUCGGUCCGAUCUGAUUCUCAACUUGGCCACCAGGGGGCCAAAUGUCGAUAUAUAAAAAGUGUGAUAUCUCGCUUAUUAGUGACUUGUUUUCGAUGAAACUUGUGUUGUAGGUACUCAUAGCAAAUAUACAUCUUAUAUCGUACGGGUUUUUAAUUUGACCUACUUUUCAAGUUCACAGAGGUCAUAUGGCGUAAAUUGGCCGUUAGAGUGUAAACUAUGGCACGUUUCUUAACCACUAAAGCUAUGAACUUGAAACUUAGUACAUAUAACCCCCUAUAUCACAUAGCCUCUGGUCCUGAAUUUCAGUUUGAUCUGAUUCUCAACUUUGCCACCAGGGGGCCAAAAGUGGAAAUCUAAAAAGUGUUAUAUCUCGCUUAUAAGUGAAUUAUUUUCGAUAAAAUUUUCAUGGUAGGUACUCUUAGGAAGAAUACAUCACAUAUCUUACGGGUUUUCAAUUUGACCUACUUUUCAAGGUCACAGAGGUCAUAUGGCGUAAAUUGGCCGUUAGAGUGUAAACUAUGGCACGUUUCUUAACCACUAAAGCUAUGAACUUGAAACUUGGUAUAUAUAACCCCCUAUAUCACAUAGCCUCUGGUGCUGAAUUUCAGUUUGAUCUGAUUCUCAACUUUGCCACCAGGGGGCCAAAAGUGGAUAUCUAAAAAGUGUGAUAUCUCGCUUAUAAGUGACUUGUUUUCGAUAAAAUUUUUAUGGUAGGUACUCUUAGGAAGAAUACAUCACAUGUCUUACGGGUUUUCAAUUUGACUUACUUUUCAAGGUCACAGAGGUCAUAUGGCGUAAAUUGGCCGUUAGAGUGUAAACUAUGGCACGUUUCUUAACCAGUAAAGUUAUGAACUUGAAACUUGGUGCAAAUAACCCCCUACAUCAGAUAACCUUUGAUGCCGAAUUUUGGCCUGAUCUGAUUCUUUAUUCGGCCACCAGGGGGCCAUAAUGGAAAAAGGAAGAAGUGCAAUAUCUUGCUUAUUUGAGUGAAUUGUUUUCGAUAAAAUUUUUAUGGCAGGGACUUCUAGCAAGGAUACACCACAUGUCCUACGAUUUUUGGAUUUGACCUCCUUUUCUAGGUCACAGAGGUCAAAUGGCGUAAAUUGGCCAUUAGAGUGUAACUAUGGCACGUUUCUUAACUGCUGAAGCUAUGAACUUGAAAGUUGGUACAUGUAACCCCCUACAUCAGAUAAUCUCUGACACCGAAUUUUGGCCUGAUCUGAUUCUUGAUUUUGCCACCAGGGGGUCAAAACUGAAAAAGUAGGACGUGCAAUAUCUCGCUUAUUAAUGACUUUUUUUCAAUGAAUUUUUUAUUGCAGGGACUCUUAGCAAUCACACGAUAUUGAUCUCGUUGAUGUCAUAGACAAUUAUUGGUUGGAUCAUAAACUUAUAUAUACUGCCCUGUCUUAUUACUUGACAUCAAUACACAUCUAAAAAAAGUCUUCAUGCCUGAUUGUGUUCACCGUGUUCACCAUAUUCACCUCUAAACUAAGCAUGAUCCUGCCUACUAAAAGAUGUAUACGGUGAGCACAAUGGCCCCUGGCCGUUUUUUUCAUUCCUCUCACCAGAUGCUGAAUUUAGCAUCUGAACUGGGAAAAAUCUCUCUUAUAACUCUGUGGAUCUUUGAAAUUGAACCAUAAAGAUGCAUUUUUGUGCCGAUUUAAAAAGGACAAGAUUCAGACUUUUUGCCUUGGCUCAUCGGCAUCCUUAUGAAUGGUGUUUCAAUUGCAAAAUUCAUUACCUGCUAAGCUGAUAUUGACUGGACCUGGGACAUAGAACUGGCUGUACUGUUUCGAUAUGUUUAUGAGCCAAUGGAGGUUGGUCUUGUAUACAAGUAUAAAAAGAUUGUACAGGUGCUGCUCAACCAGCUUAAACAUGUUGACACAGUAUCUUCACUUGUUCUUGCCUGAUGAUACUCAGGUGAGCCUGCACACUGCACCUUUAAAGGCCACGACUCCUGCUUUUAUGAUUGCAUGACAUGUACAGAUCCUCAAAGAGUAGACUUAAAGCUCCGCAUUAAAUCAAGUUUGAUCAAAAUUGAAGCACCCAGUCCAGAGAUAAAGCAAGAUUAACUGUUUUGUUUACAUGUUAUGUAACAGCCUUGGUUAGGUUUCUAAGUGAAGUCAGGCGGCAAGUUUACUGACAUAGAUCAGACUGAUGUUUGAUUUCUUACUAUAAUGGUAUAAAUUUGUCUGUAUUACCUUACCUUAUUAUAGGGUAUAUCGAAUGUCAAUGAAAAACAGACUUCAUAUAUCAAUUUUAAGAGCAUUCAUUGAUAUUUGUCCUCCCAAGUAGGGCAAUAGCCUGAUCUACAUCACAACUUUUGCUGAACCCGCCACCUGGUUCUAACAAGCCAGUUGCUAGCCUGAUUAGGUAAUCAAGUUGUCAAACACAUAAAUGGCUAUAUCUUCAAAAUGGAUGGAGCUAAUUGCAUUGGGUUUUCUGUAUUGUAUAAAGUGUUAGGUACACUUUUGAAAUCGUCUUACAGCAGAAAAUGGCAAAAUACCUGGAGUUAUGGCCUUUAAGGUACCAAUCUAUUCCACAACUAGGUUUUAUAUCCGAGAUUUCCUUCUCCAAAAUUUGUUGCCUUCCAAGGCUUGGGAGGCCUGUCUCCUCCAAGCAUCCUGUCCACGGGAGUAAUUCCAGUAAGAGCUCUUGCUAAAUGAUCUUUUCAGCUGAGUCUAUUGCUAAGCAGACUUUGUGUUCUGACUCUUGAAUAGAAGUUGUCCCUGAUAUAUAUUCCCGAUCGAAGAACAGUUGUCGUGAGAUCAAGAGAUUUACAGUGCAUUGAAUUUGGCAGAAUUUAUGGGACACACCAACCAUUUCACUACGCCACAUUAUUCGAUUGGCUUGGGUUUUCUGCAACAUCAUUUUUAGCAAUGACGUCAAGCCAUGCACUGGGUUGUGCUGCAUGACAUCAUGUCAUAACGGAGUCCGACUGAAAUUUCAGUUUGUCUUAGUAUUCGUUACUUUCCUCGAGCAGAAAUCAUGUAGGACUUCCUGUCAGGUGAUAGGUUUUGACCAAUCAGAACCCCCGUAUGUGAUCAUCGUUCCAAACAAGUAUGAUAACUCUCUUAUGAUUGGUCAAUACCUGUCAGGAAGUUACAAAUUGCUGCUAGGAAAGUGGCGAAUGGGUUGUCUUGCAUCAGACCGCAAUAUCAGUCACUGUAAUAAAGUGGUUAACAUAAGUCGUACUUCCACCUAUCAUAAAACCCCGGGUCUAUUUAGACACGGCAAUUCAUAGUUGUAAGCGCAAAAGACGCGGGGAUUUGAUAGGUGGAAGUACGACUAUAGUGAAAGUUUAUGUAAAUACAUUGUUAUGUCCAGGAAAGUAUUAUCUCUUUGUAUUUUAUAUUAUACCACAUGCAUUGUUUAUACAGCAUUAUGC